GGCUCGGAAACCGAUCCGCUCGGGAGGGCUCUCUCACACACAUUUCCUACACACACUGUUCCGUGCUGACGAGCGGGGGAGAUAUGAGAACGGGGCGUCCUCCCUCUCCACUCUUCUAAAAACACACUGGGCGCUUCUUGUAAGAUUACCGCCGGAGAUCUGACACACUCUUUCAAAAAGACAUACAAACACAAACUCAUCAGGGGGAGACGAACCAGCUGAGAUUUGUUUUCAAACUGUCCCCCGAUGGCUGCGUGACAGGUCCACUGAACGCGCAAGAAGACGCACACGGUUCCAGGAUUUGGACUGCUUCACGCAUCUCUUUCCCUGUCUUGAGUCGUUUUUUAUUAUCGUGUGUUGGGAACUCCGUUCAAUCAUGGAUACCUACAGGUCCUUCACCGCUCUACUUUUACUUCUGGCUUCGUUAAAUAGUGUGUCAACCGUGCAGUUCCCGUCGCCACUUCUGAUAAAGGAAUGGGUGGAGCAGAUGCAGCAGGAGCUGGUCACACUGACGGACACAGCCAGCGGAGUGCAGAACCUCAUACAGAUCUUCCAGAGCCACAGGAAGUACUUCAGUGUGGGGUCCAACGAUGCCAGCCAGCUGGUGGCUAAUGCAGCGGGGAACAUUGAGAAUCUCCUGGCCAACCGUUCUCGUGCUCUCAAGACACUGGCAUCCGCUGCAGAGGAUUUUCAGAUGUGGCAUCGGUGGAAGAAUGAUCCUGAGCCUGAUGACAUCCAUUACUACUAUGCCAAAGAAAACCUGGACUCAAAUGAUACAGAGGUCAAGAAGCCAAACCGGCUUUAUCCAGAGUUUAAGGAAGACGAGCAAUUUAGACGUCUCAUCUCCUAUAACACCACAGCAGUCCACAUACCCACGGACAUAUACGAGGGCUCCACCAUUGUGCUGAAUGAGCUGAACUGGACAGACGCAUUAGAGGCCGUGUUUAGGAAGAACAAGGAAGAGGAUCCUACUCUACUGUGGCAGGUGUUUGGCAGCGCCACCGGAUUGGCUCGCUACUUCCCAGCAUCCCCUUGGAUGGACUCGCGAAAAACGCCCAAUAAGAUUGACCUCUACGACGUCCGGCGGCGACCGUGGUACAUCCAGGGGGCAGCGUCUCCUAAGGACAUGCUGAUCCUAGUGGAUGCGAGUGGCAGUGUCUCUGGUCUCACCCUCAAGCUAAUCCACACCUCUGUCAACGAGAUGCUGGAGACCCUGUCUGACGAUGACUACGUCAAUGUGGUCUAUGUGAGUAUCCAAGGCAGUUGGCAGAACGUGGUCUUUACACAUUAGGCUAUUUAUCGGACGAAUGGAAUGACUGUGAUCUUUACCCAUUGUAAUUAUAGGACAAAUGGAAUGACUGUGAUGUUUACCCAUUAUAAUAUAGGACGAAUGCAAUUACUUUGUGCUAGUCGUUAUUGUGUUUGAGGAAUGGGUUCUUGGAAUGAAAAGCCAACUGACAUUUACUCUUGUGGUGCUGACCUGUUGCACCCUCUAC